AUGAUGUUCCUUCCUACCCUUCUAGCCCUGGGGCUUUUGGCCUCUGCCGAUGCCGCCGCAUCCCCGGGCUGCGGCAAACAACCAACUCUCAACAAUGGAGUACACAAUAUCAAUGGCCGCGAGUACACCCUCAAAGUCCCGGCCAACUACGAUUCAUCCAAGCCGCAUCACCUCGUCUUCGGCCUUCAUUGGCGAGGCGGAAACAUGAACAAUGUCGUCAACGGUGACAGCAUUCAACCUUGGUACGGUCUUGAAAGCCGAGCCCAGGGCAGCGCAAUCUUUGUAGCACCCAACGGCAAGUCUGCUGGAUGGGCUAACGUCAAUGGCGAAGAUGUGGCCUUCAUCGACGCCAUUAUCAAGCAAGUCGAGGGCGACCUCUGUGUGGAUCAGAGCUCUCGCUUCGCGACUGGCUUCAGCUGGGGCGGUGGAAUGAGCUAUGCGCUUGCUUGUUCCCGCGCAAAGGAGUUCAGGGCCGUGAGUGUGUUGAGUGGUGGUGUGAUUAGUGGAUGUGAAGGUGGCCACGAUCCUAUUGCUUAUUUGGGAAUUCAUGGCAUCAGCGAUUCAGUUCUGCCAUUUGAUGGUGGUGUUGGUCUGGCGAACAAGUUCCUUCAGAACAACAAGUGUCAGCCAGGAAGUGUUGGCAAGCCUGCACCUGGAAGUGGUGGUUCUGUUCGAUCGGACGCCCAAGGAUGCUCCAAGCCAGUUUCAUUCAUUGCGUAUGACGGCGGACACGUUGGUGCGCCCCUGGGUGUUCAGAGCUCUUUGGCCCCUGAUGCGACCUGGAAGUUCUUCAUGGCAGCUUGA